UAUUUGUUAUUAAAGUUAUUACAUAUCUCUCUGCCUCUCUUUGAAAUAUCACUAUUCUCUGUUGUUCCUUCUGUGUCAUUUUCAUAUUGCAAUGGAGGCCAAGAUUUUAAGAGCUUCUAUCUCACAACCUACUCUUCCUUUUGUCUCUGAUUCUUCUUCUUCAGUAUCUCUUGUUCCUUCUUGCAAGUUAUCAUGUUUUCCCUCCAACCAAACCUCAUCAUGUUUUUCCAAAAAGCAUGGUGGCCCUUCCCUCAAGGCAUUUGCCACAUCAACUGGAUUUGUGCCAGCAGAAAAAAGGAUUGAUGGGAGUGAAAAACUGAUCCUAGAUAACAUAAGACACUCUUUGAUUCGUCAAGAGGAUAGCAUAAUCUUUAGCCUUUUGGAGAGAGCACAAUACUUGUACAAUGCAGCUACAUAUGACCCUAAUGCCUUCUCAAUGGAUGGAUUUCAUGGCUCAUUGGUGGAACACAUGCUCAGGGAAACUGAGAAGCUUCAUGCUAAGGUAGGGAGAUACAAGAGUCCUGAUGAACAUCCUUUCUUUCCUGAUGAUCUUCCUGAAUCAAUGUUACCACCUAUGCAAUACCCUCGGGUACUGCAUCCCAUUGCCAAUUCAAUUAACAUAAAUGAAAAAGUAUGGAACAUGUACUUCAGAGAUCUUAUCCCAAGAUUAAUUAAAGAAGGAAAUGAUGGCAAUUAUGGAUCCACUUCUGUUUGUGAUACACUUUGCUUGCAGGCUCUCUCCAAGAGAAUCCAUUAUGGGAAGUUUGUAGCAGAGGCAAAAUUUCAAGCUUCUCCUGAUGCAUAUAAAGAUGCCAUUAAAGCACAGGACAAGGAUAGGUUAAUGAAAAUGCUGACAUAUACUGAAGUUGAAGAGGUAAUUAAAAGGAGAGUAGAGAUGAAAGCAAAAACUUAUGGGCAAGAGGUGGCUAUAAAUGAUGCAAAGGAGCAUCAAGUUGAGGCAGUAUACAAAAUAGCUCCAAGCUUAGUUGCUGAGUUAUAUGGUGAUUGGAUCAUGCCAUUGACAAAAGAAGUUCAAGUUGCAUAUCUAUUGAGGAGGCUGGAUUGAUUAUGGUGUGUCUUUAAGAAGAAUCCUCUCAUUGAUUUUCACAUGCAUUUUUUUUGGUUUAAUUUGUGAUAUUGUUGAGUUUAAUUGUGAAAAUUAAACUAAAAUAUGAUGUAAAAA